UGACCGCUCAGGUCCCGCGGCGGCUUCUUCCCGUUGGGAGCCCCGCCUUCGCCCCGCCCCUUCCUCGAUUGCGCGCGCCGGGACUCGCGUGUGGCUGGUGUCAGCGCGCGACGCGGGCCGCUCCGCCCUGCGGACGGGUCUGUUGGUCUACAUGUUGCUGAAUGAACAGUUCCCAAGAGCAGUGAGUCUGCCCCUGAGAGCUAACAAUCCAUGAACUAUGCAAAUACAGUGCUACUGAGCAACAGGUAAAGAUAUCCAAAACAUUAAUUCACAAACUAACUACAAAGAAAAAGCAAUGCAAUAACUGGAAGAAAAGGUGAGGACAUAAUUGUGCUAGGCGUUACUUGUUAAAAGAAGUACUGUACCAGAUUUGAUGUAAAACACCGUGCAUAUAGACUUCUGCUUCUGACACCGUCACAGAACCCUGAACGCCUACCUUGUGUCAUGGCUGUAUAGAAGACAUCCAGCUGAUAUUAUUAAUGGACUCCAAUGAACAUCAUUUUGGAGUCCACUGACUUUUAUAUCAGGGGUGCAUGCUCUCAUGGACAACAUGAAAGGGUAGUGCUGAAAGUUUUACAUUGAAAACAACAUUUUUGUUACUACUGCAGGCUGGUUAUCUAACAUGGAAAAUAGUUAGUUUAGUUUUUGGCUCAAUUUAACUUUCAGAAAACGGCCUUUUUUUUUAUUCAGUGGCCCUAUAGAAACCACUUGAUUUUAGAUUUUUAAUGACAGCGUUGUCUUAAGAUGACAAAUUAGAAUGAGUAAAAGCAAAUAGGUUUCCUACUGGAAAAAUUUUCUGUGUUGACCAUGUUUAGCCAUUCUGUUUUAUUCAGCUAUUUUUUUGAAACAUCCCCCAAAGAGUUAAUGCACCUUAUAUAGGACGCCUGACCUUUUGCAGCUUCAUAAUUCAUAUCUAGAUGUCACCGGUGUUUCCCAUGUUAACAGUUCUCAGCAUGUUUUACUAUAUCUGCCUUCGGCGCCGAGCCAGGACAGCGACAAGGGGAGAAAUGAUGAACAGCCGGAGAGCUAUUGAAUCAAACAGCCGAGCCUUACCUAUCAAUGUUGAAGUAGUCCAGUAUGCCAAAGAAGUGUUGGAUUUCAGUUCUCAUUACGGUAGUGAAAACAGCAUGUCCUACACCAUGUGGAAUUUGGCAGGUAUUCCAAAUGUGUACCCCAGUUCUGGUGACUUCACUCAGACUGCUGUGUUUCGAACUUAUGGAACUUGGUGGAAUCAGUGUCCUAGUGCCCAGUUGCCAUUCAAGAGGACUCCACCUAACUUCUAUAGCCAGGACUACGUAGAGCUUGCUUUUGAGGAGCCAGUUUAUCCCACAGCAGUGCAUGUUCUGGAAACAUAUCACCCUGGGGCUGUAAUUAGGAUUUUGGCUUGUUCUGCAAAUCCAUAUUCCCAAAAUACACCAGCUGAAGUAAGGUGGGAAAUCCUUUGGUCAGAAGCACCUACCAAGGUGAAUUCUCCUCAGGCUCGCCAGUUCACACCUUGUAUUAAACAGAUUGACUUUCCCACAAAUCUAAUUCGAUUGGAAGUAAAUAGUUCCCUUCAGGACUAUUACGCUGAAUUAGAUGCAGUAGUACUACAUGGUGUGAAAGAGAGACCUGUACUUUCACUUAAGACUUUGAUGAUACAUAUGAAUGAUUUGGAUGAAGAUGAUGAUGAUGAAGAAAAGAAUGACUGUGAAAUGGAUAGUCUUAAUAAACAGUUCAGCGUUUCAGCCCUCAGGGAAUGGACAACUAAUGGGUAUUUUGAUAAACUGCCUUAUGAGCUCAUUCAGUUGAUAUUGAGUCACCUUACAGUACCAGACCUGUGUAGACUAGCACAGACUUGUAAGCUACUAUAUCAGCAUUGCUGUGAUCCUCUACAAUACAUUCACCUCAGUUUACAACCCUACUGGGCAAGGAUAAAUGACACAUCUCUGGAAUACCUACUGUCUCGCUGCACUCUCGUCCAGUGGCUGAAUUUAUCUUGGACAGGAAACAGGGGAGCCAUAUCUGUUUCUGGAUUUAGCAGGUUCCUGAAAGUUUGUGGCUCUGAACUAGUGCGCCUUGAGUUGGCUUGUGGCCAUUUCCUCAAUGAGACUUGCUUAGAGGUCAUUGCUGAGAUGUGUCCAAACCUUCAGGAAUUAAAUCUCUCCUCUUGUGAUAAGCUACCACCUCAGGCUUUCAUCCACAUUGCCAAAGUGUGCAGUCUUAAGCGUCUCAUCCUUUAUCGAACAAAAGUAGAGCAAACAGCACUGCUCAGCAUUCUGAACUUCUGUUCAGAGCUUCAGCACCUCAGCCUUGGUAGCUGUGUCAUGAUUGAAGACUAUGACCUGAUAGCGAGUAUGAUGGGAGCAAAGUGCAAAAAACUGCGUACUCUGGAUUUGUGGAGAUGUAAAAACAUUACUGAAAAUGGAAUAGCAGAACUGGCUUCGGGAUGUCAGCUCUUGGAGGAGCUUGAUCUUGGUUGGUGCCCUACACUACAAAGCAGUACUGGCUGCUUCACAAACCUUGCGCAUAAGCUCCCAAACUUGCAAAAGCUCUUUCUUACAGCCAACAGGUCUGUGUGUGACACGGACAUUGAAGAACUUGCCGCUAACUGUACUCAUCUUCGGCAGUUGGACAUACUGGGGACAAGGAUGGUAAGCCCUGCAUCUUUAAGAAAAUUGCUGGAGUCUUGUAAAGAUCUUUCUUUACUUGAUGUGUCCUUCUGUUCACAAAUUGAUAAUAGAGUUGUCCUCGAACUGAAUGCCAGCUUUCCUAAUGUGUUCAUAAAAAAGAGUUUCACUCAGUGACUCACUACGUAUGCUAGUAUGGAAUUCAUUUGACAGUGUUGUUUCCUGUGAAUUUGUGAUUACAUUUUUCUUCAAAAAAGAAAUUAAAAUCUUCCAUAAAAUAGAGGGAAAAUGUUAACUAUAUUCAUGAAAUGAGUACAUAUUAUGUAUUUGGUGGGGAGCUCUUAUUCUCCUGUAUCUAGUAAUUGUUUUCCCUUUGUUAAUUGAUGGCACUUUGUGUUUAAAUAACCACAUAUGUGGCCUAAAUUAGAGAAGAUGAAAAAAACAUAUUCUUGAUGCCCUUUUUAAAAAAAAAUGUGUACAAUAAGAUGUAUUAAAAUCCAGGUGAAAGUGAAGUUUUAACAUUUAGCAAUAGAGGAAUGAUGGGAGUGUCUCUGUCUUAUAGGUUGUAGUGUUUUAGUUUUGGUCUGUGGCAUAAGACCUUGUGAUCUGGCCUGUAAUGUGCUGUUUGAAAAUUGUUUAAGCUAGUGUAAGAUCAGACUAGACUGAAAAGCCACUUUUUUCUCUCCUUUUGUUGACAGUGACUGGUACCUAUUUUAAAACUCUGAUGUGUCUGCUAAGAGGUUUUUUUCCCUUCAAAUGGAUGAAAUGCGGCAAUGUUUUACAGUCCAGCUUAAAUGACACAACAGAUAAAUGCAAAAACCGACCACAUGAGUUUAUAGCAGAAACUAAAAAGAAAGAAAAUUACCUGCUUCCUCCUGUACUGGAUAUAAAAUUUGUGUCAGGUACUUCUUGUCAUAACUGAUAACACACAGAAAACCCAAAAGCAAUUUUCUUUUCAAAUUUCUAUUAUGUCAAGGUGGUACUUGUGGUACAUCUGCCUUUCAUGUGAAGUACAAUAAUAGUGUUACUCAGGAUAAUGUAUUAGAAACUCUUCCUUAGUUGGAUACAUACCUACUAUCAGGUUUAAAAACAAAUAUUUGGUGUUCAGUAAAAUCAUGAUGAAAAUGUUGAGUUUGUAAACCAAAGGCAAUGUGAUUUGGCUAUGUACUAAUUUAUUCUGAGAUGGGUUGCGUUUUUUUCACCACAAGAGAUACUAUCUUUGAUAAUCUAAACUCCCUUAGCUGCUGUUAAGUCUUUGGAGGAGAGAGGUGAUGAUGUUAGUGGAUGAAUGGUUUUCUUCUACUUUUUGCAUUUCUCUGAAUGAGACAUUCUUUCCUCCGUAAUGGCACCAAUGCUAUUGUGAAUUGGUAUUUACAUUAUGUACUCAUAUUUGCAAAACUCCUGUCUCUUUAGACACUAUUAGUGAACACAGACCACCAGACAUGAUCUCUCAUUUGGGAUCAGCUCCAUUAUUGCCACCUUUAUAGCAAAUGCUCUACAAUGUUUCUUCUUGUCCAUUGGAAAAAUAGGCAUAACAUUUUGCGUGGAAGAAGGCUGUCACUACACAGAAGAUCAUCAGCAAAGAAAAUUGAAACUGAUGCAGUAAAUACCUGUCCACUGGAAGAGAAGUGCCUCAAAGCAUCAAUGAACCAGUGACCUCUAUGGACCUAAAUUAGUAUUUCUGAACUCUUCAUACCAAUGCCAGUGUUUUAUAAAUCAUUUUGUGAAACAACUAAAGACCAUUUUUCUGCUUUUAUAAACCUCCAUUCUGAUUUAAAUUGUACAGAAUCUUGUAGAAAAUCCCAAAUCCAAAGAAAAGUGCACAGAUGUCUGUCAUUCACACACAGAUGUCACCAUAUGAUUUUUAGCUAGGUACCUCCAUUCUGUUUGUCUUUCAGGGUACUGGAGCUAUUUAGACAUGUUUCAGUCUAGACAUCUCUUCAACUGACAGAUAUCUGCCCUAGAGUCGCUCUGGGCAAGGUCUCAUUUUAUUUUGGGAGUGCUUCCUUCUUUCAACAAAGUUUUUACUUUAAACUUAUUUUAAUAUAAUGUAUUUACAAUGUAUUGAAUAAUGUCCAAUGUAUAAUGUAAACCUAUUUUAAUGUAAUGUAUUUACAGUGUAUUCAUUGUAAAUGAGAAUUAAACAUUUAUGUCCCAGUUACAGGAGAACUCAAGUUCAGAUUAUGGGUGUUCACAGGUAUUGAUGUUUUAAAAUAAGUAUUGUUUUUGUUGUGAAAUUUCACUCCUCAGGGUGCAUACCAAUUUUUAACCUUAUUUUUCUUUAAAAAAAAUGCUUCUUGGAUUAUAUUUAUAAUUGUAAAUAGAAUUAGAUUUGUUUAGCAUAGAUGUAGUGGUAUAUUUUAUGCCUUCCAAAGUACUAAAGUAGGUGAUUAGUCUAGUCUUACUUCUGCACAUAGGAAUCAUUUAAAGGAUAACGUGUAAAGGCUCAGGGGAGGUUGUCAAUCUUUUUUGCUUCAUUAUGAAGUAUAAGGAAGGUCUGAUUUGAUUUUUGUUUGUUUCUGUUCUGUCUAUAGGAUCUAUUUCUGCUUGUCCCUUACAUUCAAAUUUCAGUUUGUGUCUGGAACACUCUGCGGUGACUGGCGAUCUCACUGGAUUAUGUUGUUAUACUUUCUGAUGAAGUGGAACCUAAUUAAUUAAAGGGAGGUGAUUUUUUUUCAGACUGUUUAAAACUUUUUGGGUUUGCUAACAUAUAUUUACCUUAAAUAAUGGAGAACUACCUGGGGAAGGUGACAUCUUUGUUUACAAUUUGAUACCCUUAACUCUUCAGUUAAUGGCUGAAGCACAAUUUUUAUAUCUCCAAGAAGUCUUCCAGCAAGAAGAGGGGAUACCAGCCUUGGCAUUCCUGAUAUUUCUAAGGUAAAAAGCGAAAAAAACACUUUCAGGCCUUCCUUAUACACCAUAAAGAAGCAAAAAUAUGCUACAAUCUCAAUUUUAAUUGAUGUUACCUCUUAGGAUUUUAUUAUUGAUCAUUUUAUUCAAAGUUGUUCAGCAGAUUUUUAUUUUAGAGUAUUUCUGAAACAUUGAAAUUGGGUAUAGAGCCUGGUAAAGCUUUUCAACCAGCUAGCUACCGAGAACAAUCUAGGAAUUGCUAUUAUAUUGUCACACUUGCAUCAUAAUAGUUAACACUGUCAGCAUUUCCAUUGUAAAACAUUAUUUCACUGCACCUGGGGACUGGAAAAUACCUGGAAUUCCUCUUUAUCCACAAUUCGGGAUCAACCUGGUCAACAGUUGUGCAGACUUUCCCAUGCUACGUUGCCAGUGUGCUUCAGGGCCUAUCUACAUGACUGCUACUCUGGAAUGAAUAAAGGUUUUAAUUUAAAGAUGAAUAGCUAUUCCAGAACAUAUUUCCGACCUUACUGCUGUGUUAAAGACCCAUGCAACCAAGUGACGAUGCAAACUUCUGUAAAAUGGUCAAACUAAACAAACUGGAAAACAUAGAAAAUACUAUAUUUGUCUUCUAGUCUGUCAGUUUGACACGUAUGAUUACUAUAACAAUAGCAGAAAUGUGAUAUUUAAGUGUGUUCCUACAAUCAGAAACAUUAACUGUUGUAAAGUUGCAUAAAACACAACUGUGUGAUCCCAUGACCCCCAGGACCAUUGGGUUUUUAGUACAUAAAUAACUCUGUGUAUACUCUUAAAGGGUAACCAUUCUGAUCACUUCUGCAGGAUAUUAAAUCUACUAAAGUAACAUGAAAUGUAGCACUUGUUGCUAAUACAUAAGGUUUGUUGUUUUGGUAUGUGUAUUCAUUGCUACUCUUUUCCAGACAUUAAGAGAACUUUGCUUUCAGAUAUACUCCAGCUCCAUAUUAGCAUGCAAAAGUGUUCAUAUUUUAAUGCACAUGCAAAUACCAUAUUAAAUACUUCAAACACUUUCAUAAGGAAGGUGAUUGGUUUUAGGACCUCAGUAACUUUACCACUGAGUUGAAUAUGUUGAAGCCAUCUGUGCACUUGUGUUAGUUGUCAUGAGAGCAUGUGCAUCAUAUGUUCUUUUAUGAGGUGGAAAUCAUUAAAGAUACACCUCAACUCUGCCAUACAUUUUACAAUUUUUAAGAGAAAUGUUACACCCAUUUGACCUUUUUAAGGUUCUUAAGUUAAUUGAAACACAUUCUUAGGGUUUUGAGCUACUUAGUUUUUCUUUAAAUAUAUAUCUUAUCUGAAAUGCUGCCAUCUUGUUCUGCUGUGAAAAAUAUAAAAUUUAAGCUUUUAAUUUGUAUUUAAAUAAUUUAAAUCCCAUUGAUUGUGUCACUAAGGGUGAAGAGGGAGCCUAUUAAUUUGCCCAUCUUUGUUUGUGUCUAAAUUUCUAUUUGCCAGAAUUGAUAUUUCUCUUUAUAGAUGGAGUGUAGAGAGGGAGAACAGCUACAUAAAAUCUUGCCUCAUUGUGUUUUUUUAAUCAGAAUCCUAGGAGCUUAACGAUUUCAGUAAUUACUUCUAAAACUAGCCACAGUUGUUAGCUGUAUGAUCUUAUUAAAUUGUAAUAAUUGUGUUACCUUGGGGUCCGAUCAUGGAAAAGGCUGUGGAAGACCAAAUGGGAAGAAAUUUUGUGGUUCCACUUUGUGGGGAAUGAGAGGGUCAUUACCCUAUUGCUCUACGGCUAGGGGGGAGAAGAUAUGGCCAGUAGUAGAUUCGUCACUAUGAGAAUCUUCUGGUCAAACACCUUCCAUCCCAUGGAGGAUCAAAACAGAAGCUGUGUUUGCUGCUGCUAUCUUGAAACUGCUGUAGAGCAGGUCCAUUAGUACUUUGUAGUUUGUGCGAGAAGAAUUCCAUCCCUACCACCAUACAGAAUCUCUUCACAAAGCUCAUUUCUGCAAGAAGGAACCUGCUAGUCUGGAAUGAACUGUUCCUCAUUUCCUUGAAUACAGCUAGCUCUGCGCUUCUUGGUAGUUUGCACUCUGUUCCCCGUACCAGUCUGUCUCUAUCUUAUGGGUGAAAGAGAUCUCUGCUACUACAUGGAUCAUCAUGGUGGUAACAGCUUUAAAGAGAGUCAGACAGUGACACAGGACCUGUGGAUCUGGCAUAGUCCCUUUCAUGGCUAGCUUCUUUUGCUCUGUCUGUUGCCUGAACUCAUCCCCUAUCCCAAAGAAGUGUCUUUCUUCUGUUGCGACCACCAUUUCUAAGCAGGCAAACUGAUUACUGUAAGGUUCACAGGACCAAAACAGGAGGAGAGGGUGCACUUGGGGGUGGGGAGCUGAGAACUCCUUUUUCAUCCCAAUUAAAUCCAUCUAUCAGCCUGCUGACCUCUGCCUUCUAGGAGGCCUUCUGGAACAUAAAAAAGUUCCUCUUUUCCCUUCACCCAGUCUGCUCCUUUCUCAGGAGCCAGGAAUGGGUAAAGAUGCCUUCUGUAUAUUUUAGGAGACUUAGAGUACCCUACACCCUCCCUUUUGUCAAGAAUGUACAAGCAAAGACCAAGAAGCAACACUAUUCUCUCUACCCAUUGUGAGUCAAGCAGGAGGUUCUCUCUUCUACUGAGCAUCAGAAAGGAUGCAUCUUAAAGACCGUAACGAGAACACUAGAUCUGUUAUCUAGAGCUAUGGAUUCUAUGCUGAACAAGACACAGAUGGCAAUGAUACCUGCCCUGAGAAACUUGCAAUCCAGAAAGACAGCCCCCAAAAAUCAGACUCACUUGUUGAACCUAAAGGAAGUUUCUAUUAAAGGAUUUGGGUUUUGUUUGGGGUUUUUUUUGGUGAGAAGCAGCACUUUUUAUUGGCAUAGGUUAGCAUGAGUAGAUAUUUUCUGAUAGUAUUAUGCAAAAAACAAUUUGGUAACAAAUUACAUGUUUCAAGUGUACUGCUCUGUAAUGUGCUAAAAAUUACCAUAAUUAUGUUAUACAAUAGGGUAAUAGUGUCUCUAUCUAAUAUGAAACUUAGGCCAAGGAUUUCAUAUAGAAAUCCUUAUCUUUGUAUACUGCUAUUUUAAAUCUGAUUGUGCUUUGUAUGUCUACCUUAAAAACCCACUAAUGCUUCAUUGAGAAUUUUGAAAAGUAUUGGAUUUUGAGACAAGUUUGGAUUUUGAGACAGUAUCGUAUUUUCAGUAUUUGUUUCCCUGUAUUUUUUUUACAAGAGGCGUUUAUAUAAAACAGGAUAACCAUUGCUCUGGUUCAGCUUUUCUUGCUGCUUAACCUCCCAUGAAACCACAGUCAUUUGUUAUAUUAGAAGCAUUGGCUACACUGGUUGACAAUGAGCUGAAUGUGGUAUCAGACUGAAUUUGAGUUCAAAUGAAAAAAAAGGACAUGAGGUGUAUGGGCUGCCAUCCUUUGCUCUAGUAGGGUCUUCUGGGGGAGAUGCUAUGGGUUGAGCUUUUGCCAACAAAAGGUCGGGGCGAAUUAGCAGGGAUAUGUGGAGCAGCUGCCAAUCCAUUUCUUCUUCCUUCAGUAGGUGUUAUCCUCUCUGAACCAUUCUGCCUCCCCAAUUUUUCUUUCAACUAGAUAAGACAAACUUUUGCAUGUAAGCCGUAUUUUGAAGUGACCUGAGCUAAAUUCAAAAUAAUAUCUUUAUGAUUGCAAAUUAUUACCAGUAGUCCACUGUCUAGUCACCUAUGUAACAUGGUUGACAGUCUCAGCCUUGUUCCUACAGGUCAGGUGCCCACAUCACAAAACCAGUGUUAUAUAUGGUAUUAGGAUGAGAUCCACAAAGGGAUUUAAGCGUCUAACUCCCAUUGGUUUAAAUGGCAGUUAGGAGCCUAAAUACCUGUGAGGAUCUGGACCUUCAUGGCUCCUUUCAUUCUUGAUAGAAAGAUCAAGGAAUAAAUGAACAUGAAGACUAAACUCAUCCUUAGUGGUGGUCCUUCCAGAACACAAUUGAAGCACAACCAGUUGCCUGGGGAAUGUGGGGAAGCUUGCUGCCCAUAUUUAUCCUGCUUUGUGGAUAAAGAAUUGCAUCUUUGGGCUUUUCAAACCCAACAUCUGAACUGAGCACUAAUCCACUUUAAAGAAGAAAGUUUAAAAUAAUGUGACUUAAUAUGAUUUGUUCUGUUUUCAGCCCUAUAUUUUUAAAUGACUUAAUUUCGUCUGGGGAAGUCUUCUAAUGCCUUAUAUUACUAGCCUGAAACUGGUUUGCUUUUGUUGUGAAAAUAAGUGAAUUGCAUAUUUAUGCAUUGAUUGUUUUUGUUUAGUAAAUUAAGCCUAUUUUGUUCUGACAUCAUUUUGGACCGGCUAAUGUCUUAAUACUAUCAGAUGUUGUACAAGUGUAUUUUAUUAUUUUCAGCUUCUUUGUAUUGCUAAUAGUUUCAUCACUUUGAUUUGUCAGUAUCUGCUAAUAUACAGAUGAUAGAAGAAAUGUGUUAAAAACAAGACAUUUAUUCUAUCUGUGGUGUUUACCUUACUUUACAAAAUUAAUUCAUUUCCUUUUGACUAUGUAUUGCAAAAUACAAAGUGUGCAUAAAAUAAAUAAAUACAAAUCAGAGGAAAAUAA